AUGCCGAUAGUCAAAUACUUGGCAGGAUUCGUAAAUCAAAUUCAAAAUUAUCCAUAUCAUUUAGUGGAUUUAUCACCUUGGCCUGUUCUGGUUAGUUUUUCAUUAUUAAGUUUACUUCUCGGGGCUGUAAUGUUUUUACAUGGUUUUAACUAUGGUGGAACUUUAUUAACUUUAGGAUUCAUCCUGACAGCUGCCGGAAUGACACUAUGGUUUAGAGAUGUUGUAGUUGAAUCAGUAUAUAUCGGAGCACAUACUUUACAAGUUCAAAAAGGUUUAAUGAUUGGUUUUAUCUUAUUCAUUAUCAGUGAAGUUAUGGUAUUCUUUUCGGUCUUCUGGACAAUAUUUCAUAGUUCACUUAGCCCUUCAGUUGAACUAGCUGAUCCAUUCGAAGUUCCACUAAUAAAUACAAUUUUACUAUUAUCUAGUGGAGCUUUUGUGACUUGGUCUCAUCAUUCCUUAAUUUUCGGAAUCAGAAAUGAUGCUAUAAAUGGUUUAAUCGUAACAAUUCUUCUAGCAGUAAUCUUUACCGGCUUACAAGGCAUGGAGUAUGCUGAUGCUCCUUUCACUAUCACUGAUUCAGUUUAUGGAUUGCACUCAAUACAUGUAAUUGUAGGUACCUUACUCCUGAUUGUCUGCCUAGUUAGAAUGAUUAACUACCAAUAUACCAAUACACACCACAUUGGCUUUGAAUCUAGUUUGCUUUAUUGGCAUAUUGUAGAUAUAGUCUGGCUCUUCUUGUAUAUCGUAGUUUAUUAUUGGUCUGGAGCUAAUUGUAUCAUGUUGCCAGUAAGAAUUUAUGCUAAUUCGUCAACGGAGAAAUGA